CACAGCUUUUCGCGUUCGAAGAAAACAACAAGAGGAAUAAUGACCACAGCAGCAGUCUUCGGAAGCACUGGCGCUGUCGGCGGCGUCAUUCUCAGCACACUUCUCGCCAGCGAGGCCUUCAGCUCCAUCAAAACCAUCUCGCGCCGGCUGCCCCAGGAUACCUCCUCACCCAAACUCGAAGCCCUCCAAGAAGCCGACUCAUCGACCUGGGGCUCCAAAAUCUCCACGCUCCAACCCAAGCCCGAAACCGUCUUCAACGCGGUCGGCACGACUCGAGCGCAAGCCGGUGGUAUCGCAGCGCAGAAGCUCAUCGACCAGGAUUUGUGCAUCGCAAUUGCUCAAGCUGCCAAGGAGGCCGGUGUGCAGACCUAUGUCUUCAUUUCGAGCGCGGGCAUGCGAGGCUUCUUGGCGAGCUAUUUUCCAUACUCGAAGAUGAAAGUUGCCGUGGAGGAUGCGAUUCAGGAGUUGGAUUUCCCGCAGGCGAUUAUUGUGCGUCCGGGCAUGAUUCUGGCGAGGGAGAAAGCUAAGGCUCCGUUGUUAGAGGCGAUUAUAGGGAGACUGCACUUUCUCGGCCAGGGCGUGCAGGAUCGAAUUGGUCAGGAUCAGAAGAUUAUUGGUAGAGCGGCGGUCGCUGCGGCGAAGCUUGCGCAAGAGGGCAAGGCGCCUUCGAAAUAUUGGGUCCUUGAGCAGGCCGAUGUGGUCAGACUUGGCCGGACGGAGUGGAAGGAGUGAAGACAGUAGUUGUAGUUUUGUUCUAUAGCAGAUUACAUGCGUUAUUCGAAUCACUUUUGC